GAAUGUGUUUGGUUUAUUUAUAAAAACUCAUAGUCAUAGAAAUUUCCGUCGUUACUUUCUGAAAUUCCUGGAUUAAUGUUAUAUACAAACAAUUUGUCUAUUGUUGAGGUCUCGUUUCACAAUACCUAAACUAUGAGUUUCGAAUUAAUGGUGACGCCCACACUGCAGGAUGCUGCUACCGUAAUUUAUAAAUACAGCAUGUUUAUACCUGUAUAGUUUGUUUGUGGUUUUCCUACUCGGUUGCUUGUGUUUAAUUAUGUAUAGUUUCUUAUGAAGUGUCGUUCUCUGAGCCCUGUUGAAGAAUGUCGUCCCUUCUGCUGUUAUUUCUUUUCUUUAAGGCAACUUGUUCCAUAGUAUUGAAAGUAGACACGCUGAACGCAGAUGAAAUGGCAGCUGGACAGAAGGCAAAUUAUUUCCUAACCUUGACUUUGAUAAAGAAAACAAAUGUUACUGUUUAUGUCAAGCUUCCAUGUGAUGUGACCUCCCUAUUCACGGUGUCUAAUAUCGAAAUUAGUGGAACUGGGAAAAACCUCAUUUUACAAAAACCAUUGCCUAGUCCUAUUUUAAAGGAAGUUAAAGAAAACGCGGGAAAAAGCGAGGCUGUUUGGGAAUUAGGAAUGGUCGAUCGUAUAAAUGAGUCGCCAGCAGAACAGUCUGAUGAUGAGUUGGUAGUACGUGCUACAAUACAAGCCCAAGAUCACCCUCAAAUGACCGAGAAUAAUACUCAUUGGCUGAAUUUUGCAGCAGUUCAUGGCAACGAACGUUCACAGUACAUUGUGCAAAAACGUGUUAAAUCGGCGUUCUCCUAUGUAUUGAAAGUAGACACUCUAAACGCGGAUGAAAUGGCAGCUGGACAGGAAGCAAAUUAUUUCCUAACCUUGGCUUUGACAAAGAAAACAAAUUUUACUGUUUAUGUUAAACUUCCAUGCAAUGUGACCUCCCUAUUUACGGUGUCUAAUAUGGAAAUUAGUGGAACUGGGAAAAACCUCAUUUUACAAAAACCAUUGCCUAGUCCUGUUUUAAAGGAAGUUAAAGAAAACACGGGAAAAAGCGAGGCAGUUUGGGAAUUAGGAGUGGUCGAUCGUAUAAAUGAGUCACCAGCAGAACCGUGUGAUGAUGAGUUGGUAGUACGUGCUACAAUACAAGCCCAAGAUCACCCUCAAAUGACCGAGAAUAAUACUCAUUGGCUGGGUUUUGCAGCAGUUUAUGGCAACGAACGUUCACAAUACAUUGUGCAAAAAUCUGUCAAAGUACUUAGUGGUGGGAGAAGGCUAGCAAUGGUCGAUCUCCAAUUAAAUUCCAGUUCGCAAAGCACCUACACAACGGGGCAAACAAUGUCGUUUGGUGUGGAAUUAUUUCACCACUAUAAUUCACGUGCGUCUGCUGAGAAUUUGGAGUUGAUGAUAUUAACACAAGACUACCUGAAACUUGCAAGUGUGAAUGCUGAAAAUGCGGUUGACCAUGCAUACGAGGUAACCCACAAUACAGGAACUGUGGUUAUUAAGAUUUCUUAUCUCGCUCUUCAUCAAACGUUGUCAUUCAGAAUAUCUAUGGUAGUUGGUGCUUUUACAUCGACAAUCUCUAGCGUGAAAGCAAAAGAUCAUAAUUAUACUGCUAAUGUGAUAGCAGAGUUGCAUUACAAGGAGUUAUCGUCUGCGAUUUGCGAUCAAGAUUCUCGUGCGCAGAUUGUAGCAAAGGCAUUUGAUUAUGAGUUAAAACCAGCGCAAGAUGAAGCAGCCUCUUUGAAGCCAUUAAACGAACCAUUUCCUGCAAUAAAAACAUUGCAUCCUGGAAUAAAAUGCUCGUCGUGCGGGUUCCAUCAUUGUUGUGUUUCAGAAAAUGUGACAAUCAACUCAGAAUCCUAUUGGAUAGCAUUCAAAAUAGAAGAUAAUCAACAAUUUUUGGAAUUUGACUUUCGUACAGCGAUUAUGCUCAAAGAGAUUUCUCUCCAAGGCAGUGGGAAAAACAGAGAUGCUUUUGUGAAGUCAUUUUCUCUCAUGUCUAGUAAUGAUGGCAUACGAUGGACAACUCAAAUAUAUCGUGGAAAAAAGCAGGUUUAUGUGGGCAACAGCGACUCAGAGACCGUUGUUGUGCGAAAAAUCAAGCCUGUUCUUAAGACAAGAUUCAUCAGAGUUAUCCCUUUAACAUGGUCUAAACGGGCUGCAUUAAGAGUGGAGUUUUUUAUUAAAUCUGAUGACAUUGAAGCAUUUCAAAUAUAUGGGGAAAAAUUAAAACAAUGUGUUGGAAAUAAUGGAGGAGAUUCUGCGUUGAACCUCAUUGAAUGCAGUACCACAAGUCACACAAACCGCUGGACGUGGACAGACAACGAGCAGUUACUACAUUUUAACACUAGUAAAUGUCUAAGUCGUAUGGCUGAUGGCAGCGUUCAAUUACAAGUCUGUGAUUCUGAUAAAAAGUCGCAGAAAUGGUAUUGUCUUGAAGAAAAACUUUUAACACGAUCUGAUGAUAGUGUUUUACAUCUGCAUCCUGAUCAAGGAUUGAGUUCGACAACAAUUGAUAAUAGUAUUGAAAAUGAUAUAGUCAAGAUAUAUUCUAACAAGAAAUCAGUUUGCAGUAAGAAAGGUGAUCCACCUCUUGCUUUAAGGCAGAUGCUUUGGAAUAAUAAAAAAGAUACUUUAUUUGUUUGCGAUUUGAAUUCAAAAAGCGAGGAAACAGCAAAUCAUUGCAUGUUUACCAAAGACGAAGGUGAAACCUGGCAAGAUUUAGACGUGCAACUUCUCAACGUACUGGGUAUUUCACCAGACGCGGAACUUUAUGGUUUAACAUUUGGUCAAAAAAAUGUUUUGAAAUUUUUACAUUACGGCUUUACCAUCAAUGAAAACUUUUUGAAAUCGGAGUGGGAGAAAGUCAAGGGAUCUACACCACUCAUGGAGUUUCCCGUUAAUAUUCCAUUUAUCCCAUUUGGAGAAAGUCCAGGCUCAGAGGUACCUACAGAGGAAAUGACUUUACGGUCUUCUGAUGGAUCACCUGCGUGGGGAGCGUCAUCAGCUGGUAUCCAUAGAAAUGUGGCUGGAAAGUGGAAUCUGGUUUUAUCCUGGAGUAAACUUGGCACCCGUUAUGCGCGUCCAGGAUCGUGUAAACAAAUAUUAGCAUUUUGUCAAUCUACUGGAGAUGGUAUCUACACAAUCUAUCCAGCACAUCCGUUGGUUGGUAUUUCAGUAUACUGUGACAUGACGAGAAAUGAUGGUGGUUGGACACUUCUGGUAACGAGUAAAACAGCGUAUUGGAAUACUGCGCAGGUUUAUGAACACACCCCAGAUGAACCAUCUAUAGUUAAAGAUCAUUCUAUACUCAAGCAUGCUAACGCUAUCAAAGAUCAAACUGAGGAAGAUUGUUUUAAAUAUCGUUUGGAAGCUAAAGAAUUUGGUCAACACGGAGGAAUGUGGGUCGCACCAAAAUCCUAUUCCUUCGUGGCCAAGGAUAAAUCACAAACUAAUGUGCAACUUUUGAGCAAAUUUGGAGACUGGGAUUAUAGUAGUCAUACCAUUGAGCAACGUAUGCCUUGGAUCUGUGAAAACUGUCCUGCAAUCUUGACCACAGCAGCAAAUUCUUCAGAAUAUUUUGGUUCAAUUUUAUCUGGUUCAUCAUACGAUGGUCAGCGGGGUUUUCCCGCUCCUUGGAUGAACGAUGUGGAAAUGAGUCCAGGGAUUAUAUGGUACUGGAUCAAAGAAGGCUGUUGAAAGAUGUCCAAGACACACAAGUAAACUGUAUCUUUUAUUUCUUAAAAACUCGAGAACUGGAAAGUCGAUUUCUUUCAGCAAAAUUUCUUCACUAAUUUAAUUUGUUUAUUUACGCAAGUGGAUCUUAAUGUUAUUUGCAUGCAUCCAGGGGCGCAAAUGCAGCCUUUUCUAGGGAAUGAUUGUUCGUAGGACGAACUAUUUUCUCCAAGGACCAACCUUGUAAGGGACAUAGAAGGUUGAUUAAUUGGGAGGGGGGUGGUUAGAUACCGAGAAGCCAUAUGUUGAUGCCGAGCAAUGUCGUUUUUAAAACUAGAGAGCUCUUAUUAAAACCUUAGAACCACCUCGCUAAUUUUCACCAGAGACACAUGAUUCGUUUUCUAUGAUGUCCGUCUAACAUAAAGCGAGAUCAACAGUCGGACUAAGUAUGAUGAAACCGUCGGUUAGUUAGAUUUAAGGACGCUAGGACGAUAUACGAGGGCAAGGAGGGAUCGUGAAAAGGCAGUGACUUCUUAAAACAUCGAAAGUUUAGCUUCGUGUUUUAUCUGCAUUAAAUGAUUUCGGUGUCUGAGUGUUUCUACCAGUCGAUCAGGCUAUUCUUGUUCGUUAGCUCAGUGCACUACUGACUUACUACAUUUACUAAAAAGUAAAUUUCUUCUCCCUUUCCCCUCCUGGAAAAGGCAGAAAGAGCGGCCACCCCCAGUUCCAGCCGAUCCAGCGUCUCAGUUCGAGUUCGUCAAACGCAAUAUCUAUAUAUACAGCGAUGUCUGGUGUAAAAUCGGCCAAUGUUUUGAAAUGAAAUUAAAUGAAAUCCAUGUGAUAGCAAGCAACUCUAUAGGGCCCAAACCCUCCAUUUGCGCCUCUGCAGUCCGCUUAUAAUUAUAUUUAUUAAAUAUUUCUCAACGCACGAUGUAAUGGAACAUAGAGUACAUACAACAGUAAAAGUGAAUAUAUCAUAAUAAAGAAAAUGUGGGUGGUCUUAUUCUAAGGAGGUCUAAGGGGAUGUAAAGGAAUCCUAAGGAAGAAGCCUUAGGAGGUACUAAGGUCUUAGAAGGGCUACGGGGUACAAGGAGAUGCAACUAAGGAUAAGAGAGCCUAAGUAUGCGUAAAGCUUAAGCGGUGUAAGAAAACCUAACCAGAUCUGAAAGUUGAAAGAAGCGUAAGGACUAAAUAAAAGAUUUCUUUUGUCACAGAAUGCUAUAUAGUAUAUUGCUUAGAAUUGAAUGGCACGAAUAUAAAUAAUGAAUAUUGCUACUGACUGUCACCCAUAAUUGUAAGUCUUUCAGUAAAGUCUUCAGAACCGUAU